UGUCAGCAGAAUCACCUUUGGGAGACAUUUAUUUUACUCUUUCACUCUUUGGAGUUUGGACUAGUAAAAAAGAGGAAUUACUCCCGAGUAAAAUUGAACUCUGUUCUGAAAAUGAAGCAAGUUUAAACGGUGAUACAGAGCUACACCUUGAAAAAUGAAAAUGGUGGAUUUCCGAUUAUGCAGGCGGUUUGAGGGGGCGGUGAUCCUCCUCAACAUCAUUUGCUGCUUCUUUUUCACCGGCGCCGCCGCCAACAUCGACGCUCAUUCUCCCGUAACUCAAAUUGCUUUCGGAUCAUGCUCCAAUCAAACCAAUCCUCAGUAUGGAAUGCAGAUUAUAUGGAAUGCAAUCAAUGAUUUCAAUCCCCAGUUAUUCAUUUGGCUUGGUGAUAAUAUUUAUGGUGAUAAUAAACGCCCUUUUCGAUUAUUUGGUAAGCAACGCACUUUUGGGCCUUGGAAAAAUCUUCCCAGAUUUUAUCCUUCUUCUCAACUUGAAAUGCAAUCUAAGUUUAACUUGGCUAAGACCCAUCCUGCCUACUCUCGUCUUCGUAACCGUUCUAAGGUUAUUGGAACAUGGGAUGAUCAUGAUUAUGGAUUGAAUGAUGCUGGUAAAGAGUUCACUGGCAAGGACAUCAAUCAGAAGCUGCUGCUUGAUUUUUUAGAUGAGCCUGUGGAUAGUCCCAGGAGAAAGCAAGCUGGUGUUUAUACGUCAUACACAUAUGGCCCUAUUGGUAAGCAAAUUAAGGUCAUUCUUCUUGACACUAGAUACUUUAGAGAUCCUAUAUCAAGUGGUGGAAGUGUUUUGGGAAGCUCACAAUGGGAAUGGUUGGAGAAACAACUUCAUGGUCCACCAACAGCCAUUACUAUUAUUGGCUCUUCUGUACAGGUCUUAUCAAAUCAUUCAGCUGUUACAAGUCCUUUCUUUUCUGUCGAGGGUUGGGGACGUUUUCCUCAAGAGAGGAAACGGCUCUUUCAGUUGAUAAAUGAUAGUAAGAGGGAUGGUGUUUUAUUCAUCAGUGGAGAUGUCCAUUUUGCGGAAAUUACACGAUAUGACUGUGCUACUGGAUAUCCAUUGUAUGACAUUACUUCUAGUGGGCUGACACAAUCUAUUGAGGGGGUAGUCCCACCAUCACUGCGUUUCUUAGUGAGACUGAUGGCGUGGUGCUUACCAACUACUGGAAGAGUUAUGGAGCAAAAUUGCAGAUACAAAUCAUGUGUUUAUGGGCAACCUAAUUUCGGUGUCAUUGAGAUACAAUGGAGAUCUGAUCCAGUGAUUAUAAAAGUUGAAGUUAGAGAUAUUAAUGGGUCACCGGUAAUUAGUAAGAAGAUCCCGUUAUCUGAUAUUCAAGAUGGAAACAUAGAACUAGCUGCCUCUGACAAUAAAGCCUCGAGGAAGAAAUAUUGCUCUCUUGAAGUUGAUCUGCCAUGGAUUGUCCGAUACCGCUUGGCCAUUUUUGUAUUCAGUGCUUUAUCUGUUUGCCUUCUUGCAAUUUUUGGACUGGCUUUUUCAGCAAUAAUUCUCAGCAGCAGAUGGCUUCGUAAAUGCAAGCAUGAUUGACCAUGUUUCAGCUGGUGACACAUUGAUGGAUAUUAUUUACAUGCAAUGUAUGGGUUACCUGGAUGAUUUAGCAAUCAUUUCUGGAAUUCUGUCUGCUCUGCUCUUUCUACUCACUUCUCAGGUUUGUUGCUAGGUCAAAUGUCUCAAUUAUUACCCUGGGAGCCUGGAGGUGGACAGGUUCCAAUUAAUGGGGUGUAAAGUGGUUUUUAAUUUUCAAUGGCGGGUAGUCAGCUAGUCGCUUUUAUCUGUAUUUAUUUCGGUAUCAUUUUAUGGAGUGAGGCUUCUGUCUACUCCACUGAGAUAAAGGAUCCCCUCGUUCAAGUUGUAUCCGGCUGGUCUGCUAGGGGAUGGAGCAGUUAGCAAAUGCAUAUUGCUUAUGAAAUUCUUCAAUGUACAAUGAAUAUCCUUGACUCCAUGUUUAACAUGAUGAGCAGUUUGAUAUGAUGUGGAUUUAACAGUCUGACUCUCAAGUUAAUUUUGCUACAAAAUUUUCUGUAGCAGAUGCGCAGUAUGAUAAGCCUAGAUAAGGCAUAGCAUUCUAGUACUAUACUCUUUAUAGUCUUAAGUACAUAUUGUACGAAAAAUGGUUGUUUAUUACAACCCUCCUGUAAUCUCAUAUUGUACGAAAAAUGGUUGUUUAAUACAACCCUCCUGUAAUCUUUGAUGAUGUAAUCUAACCUUAAUAAUUAUCUAUGGAGGCUGCAUAGUCGUCAGCUGUGAUGGUGCCAAUUAUGUUC